AUGGAUAUUUCUCAAGACCCUAUUAUCGGUAGAAACCAAUCUCGAGAUACAUUUUGGUCUCGUGUGGAGGACAGAUACAAUGAACUUCAAGAUCAACAUUUUGAGGCGCGUACGAGCCGAUCAGUUCAUUCUCGAAUGGAAAUCAUAAGUAAUGAAGUAAGAAAAUUGAAUGCGUGCUUGAGACAAGUAGAGAAUCUGAAUCCAAGUGGUGCUUCAAAUGAAGAUAUUUUAGUUCGAGCAAAGAUGUUAUUUACGCAAGAACCAAAGUACAAAAAAGGUUUCAAAUUUGAUCAUGUCUGGAAUACAGUUAAAAAUUUUGAAAAAUCUAAAGAUGAUGUCCCCAUAGCAAGACAAGUUGGUCGAAGACAACCCCAAAGUGUGAACUUCGACUCGUCACAAUUAGAUAAUCCCACUCCGGAUUCUCCUAUAUCAACAUCUCCUGGACUGUCAUCAUUUACUCCACCUGAACGACCUACUGGGGUAAAAGAAGCCAGAUUGAAAAGGAAAAAUGAUGAUCAUGAGUCAAGUGUAGUGGACUCCAUCGAUACAAAUAAUAACCGACUUAUAUAUGAAUGA